AUGGAGGCUAUCCUGUCCAGCCGUCCUGCCCUCGCAGCCACCUCCAUAGCGCUGCUGGUGGGAGGGCUUCUCUGGCUCCGAGUGCUCCUCCGGCCGGGACGACUGGGAAGGAAGAAGAAGAGAUACGCCCCCCUGGUGUGCUCCUUCUUGAAUCAGAUCAUCAACUUCCGCAGAAUCCACGAUUACCUCACGGACAAAGCCCGCAGGUUCAAAUGUUUCAGGAUCCUCCACCCCGGUCGGAGCUACGUUUACCUGACCGACCCCCGCGACGUGGAGUACAUUCUGAGCACCAACUUUGCCAACUACGGCAAGGUGAGAUUGGGAGUGCUUGGAUCAUCGAAAGACCCCCAUCUAUUCCUGGAGAUAGUUUCCUGACAGAAUUGGUCCCCUCCUCUAGUCCCUCCUGGCUGCUUUUUAGAUCGGCGUGAGAUCUGCUUUAACUUUGCAGGGCUCGUACAACAACAACAUCCUGGAGGACCUCCUCGGCGACGGGAUCUUCGCCGUCGACGGCGACCAGUGGCGCCACCAGAGGAAGCUCGCGAGCUUCGAGUUCUCUACUAGGAAUCUGAGGGAUUACAGUAGCAACACCUUCAAACACAACGCCGGGAGGCUAGCCCAGGUCAUCUCCGAAGCGGCGAGCUCGAACCGGCCGGUGGACAUCCAAGUAAGUUUCAUAGUCACGCCAACGAAUCCGAGAUUUCAAUUAAGGAUGGUCAUUCACGGCGCUCCGCAGGACUUGCUCAUGAGAUCUACGAUGGAUUCCAUAUUCAAAGUCGGGUUCGGCGUGGAAAUCGACGCCCUCCGUGGAACAAACGAGGAAGGGGCCCGAUUUUCCAAAGCUUUCGACGAUGCCAGCGAGCAGGUGACCUGGCGAUACGCCGACGUCAUGUGGAAGAUCAAGAGGGUCCUGAACGUCGGAGCAGAGGCUGCGUUGAGGAGAAACAUCAGAGUAAUCGACAACUCUGUUUACAAGAUCAUCGACCAGAAAAUUGAACAACUGUCCCAUGAGACGGUCGACUCGGUGGGUCUCCCUAUCCUCCAGCUCCUUCCAUUUUGAUGUUUCCCUCACCCUGUAACCAGUUACCAUUCUGGAGCCAGAUGAGGAAGGACGACUUACUGUCGAGAUUCCUGGGGGAGAGGGAGAAGGAGCCGGACAAGAUAAGCAGAAAGUACCUGAGGGAUAUCAUUCUCAACUUCAUGAUCGCCGGCAAGGACACCACGGCGAGUACCCUGUCCUGGUUCUUCUACAUGAUGUGCAAGCACCCGAAUGUGCAGGAGAAGGUGGCGGAAGAGAUAGACGAGGCGACGAAGGGGAGCUCCCCCGGGUUGUCCAUGGAGGAGUUCACAGAGAACCUUGGGUUCGUCGAUGAUCUUCCCUACCUCCAUGCCGCGCUGAACGAGACGAUGCGUUUCUACCCCGCUGUCCCACAGGUGCCGUCCAACGCCUACUCCAGUUAUUUCCUGCGGAAAUAACCAUCUGAUCAAAACUCUUUGGGUACCAUCUGCGAUGUGUUUUAAUGCGGGAAGGACCCGAAGACGUGCUUCUCGGACGACACGCUGCCGAAUGGAUUCGACGUUAAGGCUGGUGACAUCGUCGUCUAUUUUCCCUACGGCAUGGGGAGGCUGAAGGACUUGUGGGGCGACGACGCGGAGGAUUUCCAGCCGGAACGGUGGCUCGAUGAUGGGGGGAACCUCCGCCACGAGAGCCCUUUCAAGUUCACCGCCUUCCAGGUGAGCCCCUCUUCCUUUCUAUCUUCACUUCCGCUGAGAGCUACGCUUGAUCAGAUCUUUGAAACCAACAGGCGGGCCCCCGAGUUUGUCUCGGGAGGGAGUUCGCUUAUCGCCAGAUGAAGAUCUUCGCGGCCGUCCUCCUCCACUUCUUCGCGUUCGAGAUGACCGACGAUGGGAAGGACGUCAGCUACCGAACCAUGCUCACGCUGCAGACGCAGGGGCUACGCCUGCGAGCUUUCCCAAGGCAAAUUUAG